AUGUCAAAUCCGACAAGGGGCGUUCUCUGGGGGGGCAGAGUGUACAUAAGAGAAAUCCUCCCAGCGGCAGCGACCCCCGCGGCGAUAGACCCGUCCCAGCCCCACCCCCGCUACAACGCGAUGCUGGCUACCUACAAGUCUCAGCUGAUACUCUACGGCGGGCUGUUUGAGGAUAAGAAGUCGGAGCAUACCUUGGAUGAUCUGUGGGUGGUUAAUCUGGAUAAAGGCGGGCCGUGGGAGGUGGUGCAGAGGGGUGGGUGGGAGAGGGGGAAUACUCCGAUGGCGGCGCUGCGUGAGGCGGAGACGGGUGAGGAAACGAAGGAGGGUGGGGAGGAGGAGGAGAGUGGGAGUGAUAGCGAUAGCAGCGAUAGCAGCGAUAGCAGUAGCGAUGAAGAGUGA